AUGCUACUAUUCGUUUUUGUGGUUACAUUACUGUCUAAAAAAAUAGGCUGUCCUGAGAACUGUACUGAAUGUAAUGAAGGUUUUCCUAUUUGCUAUAAUUGUAAGAAUAAUUAUAAGUUAGAUAAUGGUGUUUGUAAGGCAUGUGGUGAUUAUUUUCCUAAUUGUAAAAAAUGCAAUUCACCUGAUAACACUUGGACUAUCAGUUGUGGUUUGUGCAAUGAUGGAUAUUAUCUUGUUGAUGGUAAGUGUAUCAAAUGUCCUUCUAGUUGUGAGAAUGGUCUUUGUUCAAAUGAGGGUGUUUGUUACAAUUGUAAAAGUGGAACUAUAUUUAAUAGUGAGAGGCAAUGUGUUGUUCCUUCAUCUGCACACUGUUUAAAAUCAGAAAACGAUUGGUGUAUUUCUUGUGAAAGUAAUUAUCAACUCAUUAAUGGGAAGUAUUGUUUAAAGUCUGUUGGUUGUUGGGAAGGUGCCAUUAAAGUGCGUGAUGGUUUUUGUAUUAGUGCUAUUGAUGCUCACUGCCGAGGGAAUGGUAAUUAUCAGUGUUGGGAUUGUAUGUUAGGGUAUAUAAAGAAUGGAAGUUAUUGUGCACGAGUAGAAUAUGUUGUAGAAAAUUGUAAGGCAUCAAAAGUGUUAUAUGGGUCUACUGUUUGUUCAGUAUGUGAGGAUGGUUUCUAUCCUUCUGGUUUUGAUUGUAAAAAUUGCUCUGAUAUUGUUGGGUGUUCUAGUUGUAUGAGCCAAACAACAUCGAAUCAACUUGGUGUUAAAGAAUGUACAGUUUGUUCAUCUGGAUAUUUAGAAGAUAAUCAAUGUAUUACAAUACCAAAUUGUAAAGAAUAUGAGUCUAAUAAAUGUGUCACUUGUUUAGAUUCUUAUCUUUUAGAAAAUAACAUUUGUGUUGCUGCUUCAACCAAAAAUUGUAAAAGAAGUAGUCAGAACAUUUGUGUUGAAUGUACUGAUGGUUAUUAUUUAACUUCAUCUUCUAUUUGUCAAUCUUGUAGUACUUUUAAUGGAAAUGGUGAGUGUUAUACUUGUAGCACUAAUUCAUGCACAUUAUGCGAUAGGAAUAUGACGAUUAGUAAUGGAGUGUGUCAGCCUUGUUCUAAAUUAUUUCAUUGUAAAUUAUGUGACUCAUCAAGUGAUAGAUGCUCUGUGUGUGAGAAUGGAUAUUAUCUCUCAAACACACAAGAAUGUACACUAUGUCCAAAUUCAUGUAGUUCAUGCUCAUCAGAGAAAGAAUGUUCUGAAUGUAAUUCUGGGUAUUAUUUAGAUGGAACUACAUGCAAAAAAUGUAGUGAUAUUCCGGGAUGCCAAGAUAACCAAUGUACAACAAACGGAUUAUGUACUCAGUGUGUGAACAAUUCUUAUAUAUUAGAAUCAGGAAAAUGUACACCAUGUUCUUCUAAAUACCAAAAUUGCUCUACGUGUAAUUCAACCUCUUGUCUUAGUUGCAAUUCAGAUCAUUAUCCAGCAUCUCCAAUUCAUUGUUUGUCAUGUAAUUCAUUGACUGGUUGUAUUGAUUGUAGUCAAACAGAAAAAUCUUGCAACAAAUGUUCUAAUGACUAUUUCUUAAUUGGUAAAACAUGUAAGACAUGUUCUCAAAUAGAUCCUAAUUGUGAAUCGUGUAGUUCAACUACAAAUAAAUGUUCUGUUUGUAAGAAAGGUUAUACUUUAUUAAAUUCUGUAUGUACUUUGUGUUCUGUAGCUAUUCCUAAUUGUGAUCUCUGUUCUCCAUUGGAAUUAGUUUGUCAAGAAUGUAAGAAUGAAUAUUAUUAUCCUAAUAUAUCAGAAUGCCUUCCAUGUUCUCAACUAACUGAUAAUUGUUCUAUUUGUUCCAAGGAAAGUCAAUGUCUGGGUUGUGAAUCGUCAAAGAAUGUAUAUUUGAAUACAACAACUAACACUUGUGACUCUUGUCAUAAUAUUGCAAACUGCGAGAUUUGUGAUUCUAAUGGGAGAUGUAGUAAAUGCAAUUCAAACAAAUUCCGUAUUUCUGAUGGAAAGUGUGUUAGUUGUAACGAUGGUACUGAUUUUAUUGGGUGUUCUAAAUGUGACCCUUCAUCAAGUACAAUAUGCACAGAAUGUACUGAUGGAUAUUAUCUUCACUCUUCUCAAUGUUUGAAGUGUUCUUCUAAUUGUGCUAAAUGUAACUCUUCAUCUUGUUCUUUGUGUUCAUCAGGAUUUUUGAAUAUCAAAGGUGAUUGUGUUACUUGUGAGUCUGUAGGAUGUUUAGAAUGUGAUUCUACUUUAAAUAAAUGUUCUAUUUGUAGCCCUGGAUUUAGUUUACAUGAUGGAUAUUGUGUUGGUUGUAGUACUAUUAAUAAUUGUAAAAUUUGUUCUUCAAAUAAUUGUUCAGAGUGCAAUACUGGGUAUUAUCUUGAUGAAAGUAGUUGUAAACCAUGUGAUGAUUCUUGCACUACAUGUACUAAAACCGAAGAGAAGUUAAUAUGUAAAGAAUGUUUAGAAGGAUAUUAUUUAUCUUCAGAUACAUGCAUUAGUUGUGGUGAAUAUUGCCUUUCAUGUGAUGACAAUAAUGGUUGUUUGAAUUGUAAAUCUUCAUAUACACUUAAUGCAACAAAGGGAUGUGAAUUAUGUGGAACUGUUAUUAGUGGAUGUUUAAAAUGUUCAACUACCUCGACUGAAUGCUUGGAAUGUUUAACAGGAUAUUAUUUAGACUCAAAGAAAUGCGUCAAAUGCGAUAUCAAUGAUUGUGUUACAUGUUCUGGACCAAACACAUGUACUUUGUGCUCUAAAAGUACUGUAUUACAAAGUGGUAAAUGUGUUACAUGUCCUGACGGAACAAUUAUAAAUGAAGAUAGUACUAAAUGUGUCCAAUGUAACUCUUAUAUUCCAAAUUGUAGUUUCUGUAAUUCAAGGACAGAAUGUUUUAUAUGUAGUGAUGGGUUUUAUUUAACUAACAAUGGAGGAGAAUGUAAGCCUUGCAAUGGGAAAGUAAUUCGACCAAAUGAGUGUGUAGAAGCUCCAGAGCAUUGUACGAUUUAUAUAUCAAAUACAACGUGUCUUAAAUGUGAACAGAAUUAUGUUUUAAGAUCAGGAAAAUGCACGUUAUAUUCUAAUGAAGAGUAUUGUAUUCAACAUGAUAGUGAAGAUGAAAUUGGUUGUGACAAUUGCUUAUCGUCUAUUUCACCAAGUGGUAUUUGUGAUGCAUUUACAAGAACUACCUCUUUAUCAUUCUUUAAUCAAACUUCAGGUGAAGGAGUAGGUUAUUAUGAACUACCAACAAUAUCUACUUAUAAACAAGAAACUUCUCAAUGUUUGUUUGAGUGGAGAGGAAAGUGUUGGAAGUGUAAAGAUGGAUAUUAUAUGAAUAGUGAGAGUGUGCCUCAAUGCAGUAUCUGUAACGAUUCGUGUGAAAGUUGUGUUUUACCUUCAAUAUUAGAAGGAACUAAAUGCCUUAACUGUAAUUCUUCUUCUGGAGUUGUAGAUGGAAACAGUAUUAGUCCAGUAUGUUCUGAUGACACUCACUGCACUCAAUUUAAAGGUGUCACUUGUUCUUCAUGUGAAAAAAACUAUUAUCUCCAUAGAAACAAAUGUACUAUUUGUAAACCUAAUUGCGAUAGUUGUAUUCCUUCUUCUGAAUCACCAGAAUCAUCAAUAUGUCUUAUAUGUUCUUCUGGUUAUUAUAAAACAAACGAUGGAAUAUGCAACAAAGCUCAAGAUGAUUGUGCCAUAAUUUCAACAAUAACAACAAUGUGUGCAAAAUGUAUUGAAGGAAAAAAAUUAGAUGAAAACGGAAAUUGUAUUGAUAUUAUUGAAGAGAGUUGUGGGUUUAUUGUUGGAGGGAAAUGUCAAGAAUGUUUAGAAGGGUAUAAUUUAUUAAGAAAUGAAACUGGAACUUGGGUAUGUAAUUCAAGUCAAGACUUUGAGUAUUGCACAGACACAACAACUACUGGUUGUUUGAGGUGUGAAGAAGGUAAGUUUUUAGACCAAUACAAUUUAUGUCAGGUGUGUGAUCUAAAUUGUGCAACUUGUUAUGGAACUAAAACCAAUUGUACAACAUGUAAUUUUGGAUAUAAAUUAACAGAAAAUAAUACCUGUGAAUCUCUUGGCUCAUUGGUAGAAAGGUGUGUAACAUUUUUCCCUGAUGCCUCAGGUUGUGCAAUAUGCAAAGAUGGCUUUUACCAAAUAUAUAAAAGUUGUGCUCCAUGUAACGAAUCAUGUUUGACCUGUAAUCAAAAUGCAUUUAAUUGUCUUUCUUGUAACUUUACUGGAGGUUAUUAUUUCGAUAUAGAAACGUCAAAGUGUUUGUCCAAUAAAACAUUAGACUAUUGUGUUGCCUCAGAAUAUGAUGGAUGUGUGACUUGUGAAAGUGGCACAUACCUAUCACUAACUUAUAAAAAAUGUUAUAAAUGUAAUAGCACUUGUUCUCAAUGCACCAACUCUGCAAAUCAAUGUACUAAAUGUCAUGAAAAUCAUGUGUUAGAUAGUGGUAAGUGUAUACAAUAUUUAGACAUUCCAAAUUGCAUAUCAGCAUCUAACUCAAGAUGUACAUCAUGUAAAGGAUGGCAUGAACCAAGUAAAGAUGGUUCAAAAUGUGAAUAUGCAGCCAAUAAUUUAGUUCUUAUUGGUGUUCCAAUAGCAGGAUGUUUAGCAAUUAUAAUUGUUAUAAUAUUGAUAAUCAUCUUUCUCAUAUUUAUUAUUCAAACAAGAAGAAAGAAAAAAGAAAGAGAGGAGAAGAUUUGUGAAUUUGAUAUGAGUCGUUGUAAUAUAUUAUUUGAAGAUGUGGAUAAAGAAAGUGGGUUAUGUGUUAAUAAAAAAGAACUUACAUUUACUAUUGAUAGAAUGACUGACACUAUUCCAGUUGGAGAAGAAUCAAGGGAUUUAUUGUGUAUUGGAAAUAAAAAAUCUCAUACACUAAAAGUUCAAAUUACUACUAAAACUAAUAUUGAUAAAUAUCGUAUAAGAAGUGAUCCCUCACUAAUUACCAUCGAUAAAGGAAAAGCAGUUGAAUUUAGUAUAUUCAUUCAACCGUUAUGUACAACAACAGUAGUUGAUUCCCUUGUUCUUUUAGGAUUAGAUAUGAAGAAAGGAAAACAAUAUGAAGCUCGUAUUGGUAUUUCCUUUAAAACAGAACUAACAACACGACUUGAUUAUGAAGAAUUAAAAGAAGAAAAGAAAUUAGGAGAAGGGUCAUUUGGAAUAGUAUAUCUUGGAGAUUUUAGAGGUAAUAAAGUAGCAAUUAAGAAAAUGAAAAUAUCUCUUGAUGAAGAAAAACAAAUGGAAGAAUUUGAGAAAGAAGUAACAAUGUUAGACAAAUUUAGAAAUGAAUAUGUCAUUCAUUUCUAUGGUGCAGUAUUUAUUCAUAAUAAAAUAUGUAUGGUAACAGAAUUUGCUAAGUAUGGGUCUUUAAGUGAUUUAAUGCAUAAACAUGAAAAAAGAAUUGAAAAUAAUAUGAUCAUCAAAUUACUUUCUGAUGCAGCCCAUGGAAUUCAAUAUCUUCAUCAAAAUGGAAUAUUACAUCGUGAUAUUAAACCAGAUAAUUUCCUUGUUGUAUCACUAGAGAACAAGAUACAAGUUAAUUGUAAAUUAACAGAUUUUGGAGCAUCGAGAAAUAUUAAUAUGUUAAUGACAAAUAUGACAUUUACUAAAGGAGUUGGGACACCAAUGUAUAUGGCACCAGAAGUAUUGAAAAAAGAACACUAUAAAUUACCUUCUGAUAUUUAUUCAUUUGCCAUUACAAUGUAUGAAGUAUCAAUUUGGAGAAACCCUUUUCCAAAAGAACAAUUUAAAUACCCAUGGGAAAUUGCAGAUUUUAUAAGUGAAGGAAAACGGCCUAAAAAAGAUGAGGUCAUUGAUGAUUGGCUCUUUGAUCUGAUUGAGCAUUGCUGGAACCAAAACCCAAAAGAACGAUAUAAUGCAAAUCAAAUUGUUGACGUUUUUACAAAAAGUCUUCAAAUGAACUAA